UUUUGGCGGCGACUUCUUCGGUUUCUCCACGAACGGCGCAACGAGACCUACGUCUCCACUAGCGCCUCCUUCUCUUCGGUUGAAUGGGCAGCUCUCAGCUUCUCUUUGGUUCUUCCUUCUCCCUCAAGUGCUGUUUGCAUUUGCCAUCUCUCAACAUAAGAAGCAAUCAAGCUUCUAGGACUUGCGUGGCCAUGAAGAGGCAGGAAGAAACAGUUGCAGCUGAAAAUGGUCAGUCUGAGAUGAGAAUUCCUCAUGUGUUGAGCAUUGCUGGUUCUGAUUCAGGAGCAGGGGCUGGAAUCCAAGCAGAUCUUAAGACUUGUGCUGCUCGUGGAGUCUACUGCUCCACUGUGAUAACUGCUGUUACUGCACAGAACACUGUGGGGGUUCAGGGAGUAAACAUUGUGCCGGAGGGUUUUGUUUCAGAGCAGCUGACAUCUGUUCUCUCUGAUAUGCAAGUGGAUGUGGUGAAAACAGGAAUGCUACCUUCUACUGGCAUUGUUCAGGUUCUACAUCAGCACCUGAAGGAGUUUCCAGUUCGAGCUUUGGUGAUUGAUCCUGUGAUGGUAUCUACCAGUGGAGAUGUUCUGGCCGGUCCUAACAUUCUUUCAGUGUUACAGGAAGAGCUUUUACCUAUGGCUGACCUGGUAACCCCAAAUCUGAAAGAAGCAUCUGCCUUACUUGGUGGUAUGCCACUUAAAACAAUUUCUGACAUGCGUCAUGCUGCAACAUUAAUCCAUCAGAUGGGGUCAAAAAAUGUGCUUGUCAAAGGUGGGGACCUUCCCGAUUCGUUGGAUGCUGUUGAUAUAUUCUUUGAUGGAAAGGACCUACAUGAGCUAUGUUCUUCGCGCAUAAAGACUCGCAACACUCAUGGUACUGGAUGCACUUUAGCAUCUUGCAUAGCAGCUGAACUUGCAAAAGGGUCUUCGAUGUUCUCAGCUGUUAAGACAAGUAAAUGGUUUAUUGAAAGAGCCUUGGAUUACAGCAAAGACAUUAGCAUUGGAAAUGGACCACAAGGCCCAUUUGAUCACCUAUGUCAGCUCAAGACUCGUGACCGGAGUUCCCACAGCCAGCGGGGUUUUAAUCCAGCUGACUUGUUCUUGUAUGCUGUUACGGAUUCAGGUAUGAACAAGCGGUGGGACCGUUCUAUCACGGAUGCUGUUAAAGCUGCAGUGGAAGGAGGUGCUACUAUUGUUCAAAUAAGGGAAAAGGAUGCCGAAACUUGCAAUUUCUUGGAAGCAGCCAAGUCAUGCCUGGAGAUUUGUCGCGCACACGGAGUUCCAUUGUUGAUCAACGAUCGCGUCGAUGUUGCUCUCGCUUGUGAUGCUGAUGGUGUGCAUGUUGGUCAAUCCGACAUUCCUGCCCAUGCGGUUCGCAGCCUUCUUGGCCCCAAUAAGAUCAUCGGUGUCUCGUGCAAGACACCAGAGCAAGCAGAACGGGCAUGGCUUGAUGGUGCAGAUUACAUUGGGUGCGGUGGAGUUUAUCCCACAAAUACAAAAGCGAACAAUCUGACUGUUGGGAUUGAUGGAUUGAAAAGAGUUUGCUUAGGUUCCAAGUUGCCUGUGGUUGCAAUUGGUGGUAUUAACCAUACAAAUGCAGCAGCUGUGAUGGAAAUUGGUGUUCCAAAUCUUGAAGGUGUUGCAGUUGUCUCAGCUCUUUUUGAUAGGCAAUGUGUUUUAGAAGAGACAUUAAAGUUACAUGCAAGGCUAGUAGAGGCUACAUCAGCUGUUAAAUAAAUGAGAGACGAUAGUGUAACGACUCGACUCUUGGACGACUCUGAUGAAUGCUUGUACUGCUUAUAGUAUUUUUGUAAGCUUUUUGAUAGGGAAUUGAAAUAAUUGUUCAUAA